CUGUUUGCUUGCUCGAAAAGAAGAUAGAACCCUAAUAAAAUGGUUGCUUGCUCACCCAAAAUACAUUCCCAUCUUGCUUUUACAACCAUCCUCACAUCUUGCUUCUGCUUUUACAACCAUCUUCACAUCUUGCUUUUGCUCUCAUCCUCUCGGCCAAUUCCCUGGCAAUGGCCGAGAUGAGCGGAGCGAAGGCGGGCAGCCUCGCCUUGCGCAUCGUGGCGCUGGCGCUGUCGGUGGGCGCCGCCGUCGUGAUGGGCAGCGUCGUCUCCUACAACAGCGCUCUGGUCUACUUCGUGGUGGGCAGCGUCGUCUCGGCCGUCUGCUCGGCGCUGGCGCUCUACCUGUUCGUCGUGCACGGGGGCGGCGGCUCGAUCGCCGUGGCGCUCCUCGACGCCGCCGCGCAGGCCCUCCUGUUCUCGGCGUUCAGCGCGGCGCUCGCCGCGCGCGGCUGCUUCGCCAGCCGGGCGGACGCGUUCCGCGGGAGGGCGGGCAUCGCGGCGGCCGUUGGCGCGUGCGCGGCCGCGGCCGUCUUGGUCGCGGCGCUGGCAGGGAACGCGCCCUCCCGCGCCCGCGGCGGGGGCGCUGCCGGUGGCUCUGGCUGCAAACACGGAUGCUCUAGCCCCGGCUGCUAGCAGUUGACAGCGUCAGUACAAAGAUUCUCGGGGAAAAACAGAGGAACUGCUUGUGGUUUGUACAACUGUAGAAAUGAUGAUGCAUUUUUUUUUGCUCUCUUAUUCAAUACUUGUUGUCUAAUUGUUGCUGUUGCGGUUGUAAGAACGUCAACAGAGAUGUUUGCGUGUGUUUGAUGCAAGUAUGGUAUUGGAAAGGAAAAAAAUUAGGCCUUGCUACAACAUAUCUAGAUGUGUUCUAAGUAUUGCACGUCUAAAUCCAAACUUGAUUUUACGGUAA